GAACAAAAGUACCGAUCAUUUGUUUAAGCGGGAGGAGGUGGCGGGGGCUGGUCACUUGGAGGUGGAGGGGGAGGUCCUUCGCCCGGAGGAGGAGGAGGAGGACUGCCACUCGCGCCAUAGUACAUCGAGGGCAUUCCGGGCGGGGGUGGAGGCGCACCGAGACCUGGAGGAGCGCCAGGAGGAGCCAUACCAGGGGCAGCAGGGGGAUACCCGGGGUAGCCUCCAUAACCAUAAGGAGCUUGUCCAGGCGCAGGAGGAGCUGCCUGUUGCCAGGGUGCAGCAGCUCCGGGAGCGCCGUACCCGGCAGCUGCAUAACCGUAAUCGUUGGCACCAUGGCCUUGCGAGGCCCAAGGUGCUGCACCGCCGUUGUCGCGAGACCCAUAGUCGUCCCGACGGUUGUCGCGGCGGCCACCGCGUUGUUGCCAAGGGGCCACAUCUCCUGCGGGAGGAGGGCGUUCCCAGGGUUUCAUAUCUCCGUCGUCGUAGCCGUCGGGGCCACCUUCAAUCCGGCGCAUGGGGUCAACAGCAUCACCGCCGCCAAUAGUUCUACGGCCACCGUUGAAGUCGCCAUUGUUGCGCCAAUCGCUGCCUCUCUGGCGGUCAGGGCAAUCACGAGCCAUAUGGCCAGCAUUUCCACAGACGCGACAAAUGAUAUUGGCAGUAAAGUUUCGUUGUUCGGGACAGUCGUACUUUCGGUGGCCGAUUUGACCACCUAUUCCAUGUUAGCUAGAGUUCAAAUGGGAGAAAACAAUGCACUUACAGUUCUGGCAAGCUUGGUUCUCAUCAUCACGAAGAGUACCGUUGAGAGCAGCCAGCUCACGAAGUUGGUUCCUCUUGAGCUCGUUUUGACCUUCGGGGAUAGAGGCAGCCUGCAUCAACCAUUAGUGAAAAUAUUCGAAUAUAGAAUAAGAGAAUGCUUACCGUCUCAAUAACGUUGUGUAUAAGCUUCUUUGCUUUGUUAACCUUGUCUUCAGUAUCUGCCAUGAUCAAACAAUGAAGAUCUUCUUCCUGAUUGCUAGCGUGAGCAGCGU